AUGCCUUCUUACUCUCCUUAUGUUUUAUCCCGUAGAGCUCGUAUAUGCGAUAUACUUUACCGCAUUGAAUCACAUCUUACCUCUCUUAAAAGCAAAAUACACGACCGAAUGUGCCCUAUAGAUAUGUAUUCAAGCAAAGAGCUUUUUGCCAUCCCCGAUUUAUUUUGUCCUGAGGUCUGUCUCCGAAAACUAGAAGCUAGCGAGCUGGAUAUAUUCAUGACCCUUGUUGAUUUGCGCUUAGCGCUACCGUCAGGUUGGUUUGAAGUUAGUGUGUGUGCCUCGCUAAAUUUUCUUGUCUGUCUGCGUCGCAUGGCCUAG